GCUUCCACUCGCUUCCCUUUUCUGCUCCGUAAAGGCAACACUAGCAGAUCUUGGAUUCGGCUGCAGGUGGUAGAGUAGUAAACGCACGCAGCAGUAGGAGUUGGUGGGCAGCACCGCGGCAGGCCAGCCCCUCGUGGUGCCCUGCAUGUUUCACAGCUCUCCACGCGUUUGCUUGGAGCAUUGACCGGGGAACGAAUCCAGCUUGCCGGUUCUUGACCCCUUCUCCUCCUCUCCCAUGGCCUGUCCGCCUCUGCAGGAGCUUGCGUUCUGAGCGAGCGGGUGCGUGUGGUGGCCGUGGGCGGCGGCGGGGAUCUUGGGCGCGCGCGGGAUCCUGGGCUCUGUCUGGCUCUGAAGGAGCCGCCGUCCCGCCCUGUUCUUCUAUCCCUUAGGCUGCUGGCACUGUUGUCAAUUGCAUGCUGAUGCCACACUAUUCUAGUCAUCCAGUUUUCAGAUAGUGCUUCAAUCCGAUACCGCUUCUAGCUUGCCUGAAAGAUUUGUGAACUAUGAAGCCACCCUUGGAGAGGAACCCUACCAAGAAGCGCCAUUCGUGGUGGUGGGACAGCCACAUCAGCCCCAAGAACUCGAAAUGGCUUGCAGAAAAUCUUGAAGAAAUGGAUAAGCAAGUGAAGGAAAUGCUCCAGCUGAUCGAGGAGGACGGCGACUCCUUUGCAAAGAAAGCACAGAUGUACUACCAGAGGCGUCCAAUGCUCAUCACUCAUGUCGAGAAUUUCUACAGGAUGUACCGCGCUCUAGCUGAGCGCUAUGACAAUGUCACCGGUGAAUUGCGCAAGAAUAUCCCAACAAGGCUGCAGUCGACGGGAUCUUUAGCCAGUUCAGAGUGUGGUUCUGAGCUCCAGAGGUCACCCUCACCAUCUCCUGAGCCACUACAGAGGUCAUGGACAAGAGAGCAGAGUCCUAGAGCUGCAGGCUUUGAUUUCUUCCUGAGUAACAAGAACAACGAUUCGCCAGCAUCAAGGAAGGAGCCCGAGGAUCUGGCAUCGCAGUCAGAGUCUGAUGCGAAAUCCGAAGAUGGUGAGGAUGAUGGCAUUGCCUACACUUUGCAUCAAAGAGUUCUGGAACUUGAGGACGAGCUCAAUAUGACAAACCAGAAACUGCGUGAUGCAAAUGAAAAACUCGAGAUUUUGGAGGAGAAGAGCUUGAGGUGCCAUUGUGAUUAUAAAGAGAAUGGAAAUGUUGCUGAUCAAAAAGCAAUUUUGUCCAGAGAGCACUCUAAUAUGUUGGAACAAAACAAGAAGCUAGAAGCUGACAUUAUCGAGCUCAAGGAAGAAAUGGAUUCAGCAAGAAGGCAAUUUGAAGAGGAAUUGUCUGAAAGGGAUGGAGAAAUUAGCAAGUUAAAGCAAGACCUUGCUGAUGCUUCAGAGAAAUUGCUACAAGAGAAGUGCACUAAUGGUGCGCGAAUAUCUGAGCUGCAAAAAUCGGCUGAAGACAUCAGGUCCAAACUAGAGAGAGUUUCUGAAGAGAAAUUACUAGUUGAGAAGCAAGUUAAGGAGCUGGAGGAAGCAAAUGCUCAAGCUGAAAAGUACAGUCAAGAACUGACUGAAGACGCUGAAAGGCUUUCAGAGGAGAAGUUCAGGCAUGAAGCUGAGAUUCUCACAAUGCAGCAUAGCAUUGAAAAUCUGAAGUCCAGAAUUGAGAGCCUUGCUCAAGAGAAAUCGUUGAUGACAACAUGGUUCUCAGACUUGGAGCAAGUUGUGGGGCGGGGAAGGAGCAUUUUCGUUGGGUAACCAAGUUUUAUCGGAAACAUCAGUAGCUAGAAUUUAGCAAGUUAGCAACAUUUUAUUUUUUCCAUAUAUAUACCAUCAUGUGAAAUUAAGAAGCCCUACCAUACGUAAGUGUACUACCGUUGUCCUUGCUUGAAUUUAUACCUACGACGUGAUGGAUGGUGGUGAUGUACUAGUGAUACUUGAGAUAUUGCACUGAACUUACUCCUCGGUAAUAAAAUGCCCAUAGUGCACUUGCAGGUUCAGUCCCAA